AUGGAUUCCGAUACCGAGUACACAGAGUAUAGGACCGAUGUCUCUGAAACCGAUAUCGCGUCUCCCGCUCGCCCCGGCCGCUUCAAGGGCCCGAAAUCAACAUGGCGUACCUUCAACGAGGACGAGAUUGCCCUUGCGGAGUCCCUGGUCAAGCUCGAGGCGCAGGAUCUAUCAGCACAUUUAUACAACGCGCACGUGAUGAAGAAGUCUUUAUAUGACCCCGAUCUCGUGAUAGACGCGAAGCCGUGGGCCAGCAAGGAGCGCUGGCGCCCGGCGGAAGUUGGUGAUGAUGGGAAGAAUUUUGUGCCGCCGGAGAGGUGGACGGCGUGGCCGCUUGAGCCGGAGAUUGUGCCCAGGAGCGAGAGGCCAAAGGCAGACGAGGAGUUUACGUUGAAGAGGGUGGAGGAAGAGAAGCCGAGCCGGGAGAUGGAGGAGGUCCUUACAGGCGUGAUGCUUAAAUUUGCCAAAAACACGUUUGAGAGGAGGAAGUGGGAGAGUGACGAGGCAUUACAAAUCAGUAGCGACGCAGAAAGCGACAGCAAUUCCCAAGAAGCCCAAGAAGAAAACCCAAAAGAAGACGACCACUACCCCACCGACUCAGAAGCACCCGCCCAACCAUCCCUCUCACACCCCCCACCCUCCAAACCCAUCAUCUCCGCCGACGACGACCGCUCCGCGCGCCUCCUCCGCCCUACAAUCCGCCACACCAUCGCCCGCCUCGACAACCUCCUCACCGCGCUCCAAAUCUCCCGCCGCGCCUGUCUCCGCCCUGACCGUUCCCCCUCCCCCACCGCCGACCCGCUCUUCCCAACCGUCGAACCCGAAGACGUGCCCAGCACCCCCGACUCCCCGAAACGCCGCCAGGGCCGCCCGAGACGCGUGAUCUCUGACCAGCCGCACCCCCUCGCUGCUGCGAGCCCGCCGAAGAAAUCUAAUCGCGGCAGGAAGAAGAAAGUUCAUGCCCCGCUACCCGGGGAGACGCAGACGGAGAUGCUGGUGCGUAUUGCGAGGGAGCAGCAUAAGUCCAUCCCCUUUGCGGUUGACUCGCCGCGGAGCUCGACAUCGCGCUCGACGCAAUCUAGGUCGCGGAGUCGGAGUAUGAGUCGCAGCCGGAGCAGGAGUUCGAGUCGGGGGAGUCGAGCGAGGCUGGGGACGAGGGAUUGGAGCGAGGUUAUUGGGGCGGCGGCGUUGGUGGGGUGGCCGGAGGAUGUGGUGGAGAGGGCGGGGAGGAGGUGCGCGACGCUGUUUGGGGAGGGGAUGGGGGUUAGGGUGUUGACGGAGGGAGUGAUGGGUGGGGAGGUGAAGGAGGAGAUGUAUGUGCCAGAGGAGGUUCUUGAUUUUGGGGAGAUGAGCGAAGAGGAGGAGGAAGAAGAGACGGUGGAGGAAGCACCAGCGCCGAGGAGAUCUAGGUCUGCUCGCCCUGAAAGCAGGCCGAGGAGUCGCUCGCGUAGCCGCGAGUCAAGAUCGAGAAUGGAUGAGAGGAGCGCGGUUGAGAAGUUUGGGAUCUACGCGGCUUAUUGCCCUCUCCAGGAGUGCGAAAGGUAUCAGAGGGGAUUCAAUAGCGAGAGGGCUGUGAGGGAUCAUUUGAGGAUAAAUCAUAGGAUGGGGAAAGAGGAGAUACAGAAGAUGGACGAGGAGGAAGAUAUGAUCGGGGCGGUGCACAGAGACGGGUUCGGGGUGAUGGUGAAGAGGAGACCAGGUUGGAGGGGUGUUGAUGAAGGGUUGAGGAAGAAGAGGGGAAGGGGUGGGAGUGGUGCUGUGGAUGAAAGCGUGGCUGGGGAUGAGAGCGAGGAAGAGGGAAUGAGCGAUUCUCUCAAAACUGAAUAUUUUUGA